AGAAAAUACUCUUUGUUCCUGCAGUCCGUGUAUUGUCGGAAAGAUCUGAUCAGAAUGCAGAUUUUCAAAAUGGGAAAGAAAUUUAUACUGCUACAUCUACAGGGUUUGAGGUUGAUAUUGCUACUGAUGACUUAUCGGAAGAAGAUAAUGCUACUUCUGAAGUUACGUACGUAAACAAUGCUACUUUUAACGCUGCAGAGGUUAAAAGUGGAUUCAUAUUUCUCCUUCAAACCGACAACUCUACCUGGAGAAAAUUGUAUUGGAAUAAGAUUGGAACUAUAGUACUGGCUGGUUGGGUGGAUCCACUACUUGUAGAAUAUGCUCAUCAGCAAAAGACAAAGAUCGUUUUCAUCCCAUCAGAUUAUCCUAAGGAUGAAGUUAAAGAAAAUAGCGUGGAGGCAUUGGCUUAUACUAGUCUUGUUAAGGAGACUGCAGAGGUUUUCAGGGGAAAAAUCCCCAGCUGUCAGAUUAGCAUUGACUUUGGUUGGAGUCCAGGGGCGGACAGGCGGAUGUUUCAAUAUGAGAAGUUGGCGAAUAUUGUUGAUCUUGUUUUUAUAACGGCUUAUGAUACUCAGAGUCAAAUGUUUGAAACUUCUUGCCAAGCCAGGCCGAAUUCCCCACUCAGGAGAAUAUUCAGUGGAAUUCGCAAAUAUGUACAGCUUGGUAUUCCAGUAAAAAAGAUGAUUCUUGGGGUCCCCUGGUAUGGGUACAGAUAUCCUUGUGAGUCUUUUAACGCUGGAAUCUGCUUUAUCAAAAAGGUUCCAUUUCGAGGAUGCAAUUGUAGUGAUGCAGCAGGUGUUGAAAUUCCUUAUAAGGAUAUUUUGAAUUUUGAGAAGCUAUCAUUGACCGGUAGAAAAUGGGAUGCGGUCUCACAGACUCCAUACUUUGAGGUGACAUUGAAUUCUACAAUUUAUCAGAUAUGGUUUGAUGAUCCUUCAAGUCUAUUUAUCAAAUACAAAGUUGGAACUGAUCUUGGUUUGGCUGGGGUAGGAUUCUGGACCGCUAACUAUUUAGAUUAUUCCAACUACACAAUGGUUCAAUCAAUGUGGUCAAUUUUACCAUAAUAGUACCAUAACUCCACAAUUGUUCAAUCCAUGUGGUUAAAAUUACCAUUCUAGCACCACAACUACACAAUGGUUCAAUAUAGUGGUCAAUAUUACCAUAAAAGUACCAAAACUCCACAAUUUUUCAAUCCAUUUGGUUAAUAUUACCAUAAUAGUACCACAAAUACACAUUGGUUCAAUCCAUGUGGUCAAUAUUACCAUAAGAGUACCACAACUACACAUUGGUUCAAUCCAUGUGGUCAAUAUUACCAAAUAAUACCACAACCACAAUGGUUCAAUCAA